GUCACUUCAGUCCUCUGCUGCUCAAACCUCUCCUCAGGACUAACCAGCUGGUAGUUUGGGAUUAAAGCAGGAUAUCAACGACUCUACAAACUCCACAGAGGAUCAGAAACAAGCAAACAACAGAAAUGGAUUACGACUACGACGAGGACGACGACUCAAAUGGCACGUACGAUUACAGCCCUGAACACAGUGUUUGUGACAAGGAGGCGGUGCGCUCCUUCGCCAGCGUCUUCCUCCCGGUGAUCUACGCCCUGGCUCUGGUGGUGGGCCUGGCUGGGAACGCGCUGGUCGUGGUGGUCUACGCCUCAAAGCUGCGUCUGCGCACCCUGACAGACGUGUGCAUCCUGAACCUGGCCAUCUCAGACCUGCUGCUGCUCUUAACGCUGCCCUUCUGGGCCGCAGACGCCGUGCACGGGUGGAUGUUGGGCACGGCAGCCUGCAAGAUCACCUCCUUCCUCUACAGUAUGAACUUCAGCUGUGGGAUGCUGAUGCUGGCGUGUAUUAGCGUGGAUCGAUACCGCGCUGUAGCCCACAAUGCAGCAGGCAGGAGUGGACCCCGGGUUCGGAGACAGUGGCUCAUAGUGUGCGUGGUGCUGUGGGUGACAGCCAGCUUCCUUGGCCUUCCUGAGCUCAUCUUCUCCACGGUGAAGCACUCCCAUCACAGGAUGGCGUGUACAGCCGUGUAUCCGCACAGCAUGGCCCGCCCUGCUAAAGCCGCCCUGGAGCUCAUGGAGGUGAUCCUGAGAUUCUUGCUUCCUUUCGUGGUCAUGGUGGUGUGUUACUGCUGGGUUUGGCGCGCGCUCAGUCGGGCAGCCGGGGUGCGGAGAGAGAGGAAAUGGCGCGCCCUGAGAGUCCUGCUGGCUGUGGUGGCCGUGUUCCUGCUCACCCAGCUGCCCUACAACGUGGUGAAGCUGUGCCGAGCCAUGGACAUCCUCUACAUGCUGGUGACGGACUGCGAGGUCAGCAAGGCUCUGGACCGAGCGGUGCAGGUGACGGAGAGCCUGGCGCUGGCCCACGCCUGCAUCAACCCGCUCCUCUACGCUUUCAUCGGAUCCUCCUUCAGGGGACAUGUGCUAAAAGCUGCAAAGCACCUCGGACAGCGCCUGGGGAGACACCCGAGACACACGGAGGAGCCGGCGGUGGAGAUCGCUCUCAACACGCGCACGAAGACACAAUCCCAGUCUGGUUCAGAGGACCAGGACACCAGCACCUUCACCAUUUAAGACUCAGAACAUAUCCCUUUUCCUGUAAGCACCUAAUAGUAUGUCUCUGUAUAUAUAUUUACACAUCAUCAUUAUUAUUAUUAAUAUUAUAAGGGAUGGAUGUCAAUUGUAAUAAAAAACAUAUGUACAGUGAGUUUAUAUGCACUAACCAAGCAAAGCAUUUUGUAUAAUAUAUGUAUUUUGUUAAAUAAAAGACACAUUUUCAGUGA